AUGCCUUCCGGACAGAAUGAUCCCAAGUUGUUGUACGCCGUAAAUGGCGUGUCGGCUUAUCAUCUUGCUAAUGGCAAAGAAGAGUCACUCACGCAGGCCGGGCCUCAGACCCUAUCUUUGCUGAUGGUCCCUACCUCCUCACCCUUUGCCGACGCCUCUGCUCUAGGUCCCUCGUCCGCACCACCUGAAGAGGACUUCUACCUCCACCUUCACCUGCCGCCUGAGCUCGACUUGCCUCUCCCGGCAACGACCCAGAUCUACCACCAACCGCCCAGGAGCUAUCUGAUCCCGCGAUGGGAUCUUGGCCCCGACAGCGGCGCUUUCACGAGGAUUGAAUUUCCCGAGCUGGGGAGUCGGCCGGGCGUCCAGGACGAUAUUGACACCUGGGAGACAUGCAUAGCUCAGUGCACGGCUUUUUUGGAGCGUUCGCCGCCCCCGCUCCCCAAGGACACGAAGUCAAGCACAUUUCCCAUCAGGGGAAGCUCUUCCAAGUCAAAGGCUGCCCUUGCGGCAGAGGAGCAGCUUCCUGCCUACAACCCAGGCAACUACAAACCCGGAGAGGCGUACGCGCAGGGUAGCCACAGCUCUAUUCACGGCGGUCAAAUAGUUUUGGUGGACGAAGAAGAUGGCAGUGUUAUCGGUGAGCUCGGCGAGGGCUUCGAUAUGGUGGAGAGUAGUUCUUUAAAGCCAGGCUCGAAAGAUCCCGUGCAGAUCACGCUACCAGCGGAGGGCUCGAAUAAGAUUGCUAUCGCGCCGGCGAAUCCCGAAGACGUGGACCUUGCGAUGCAUCCAGCAUACAAGAAGUCCACCCUGGUCUCGAAUGCUGCAGCCGCAUCGCGACUGAUAGUGACCACCUCAGAUUACGUCUCUAAAGCGCUGCAGGGCAGUGCGGACACUUUCACACAGAAAACGAAGCCAGUUGCCAAGCCCGUAACUUUUAAACCGACGACGAAGGAACACGUCCGCAGGGUACACACUUUUACGACCGGCGCGGCCGGUGUCUCAGCGAAGACGGUUGGCUCAAUAGGCAAGGUUGCACAGAACCUGGGUGCGACCCUCGGCCGGCAUGGUAAGAACAACGGCCAGGGCAAAGGGUUCGACAAGGACGGUAAACCUCUUGACACCUACAAGCCUGGUAUCCUCAACAAGAGCAUGAUGGCCUUCUCAACAGUAGCAGACGGCAUCGAGCAGGCUGGGCGAACGCUUCUCGAAUCCAGCUCAAACGCCGCUACGACUGUCGUGGGCCACCGAUGGGGUCCCGAGGCUGGCGAGUUGUCACGAAGUCUAGGAGGAGGCGUGAAGAACGUGGGUUUGGUCUAUAUCGACGUGACUGGUGUCUCCCGACGUGCGAUCCUUAAGUCGGUAGCUAAGGGUAUGGUCGUCGGCAGAGUCAAAGGCGGCGGCGAGGUGGUGGUCGGCGGCGGUGACGGCGGCGAGGGCGGCGAGGCGGCCAUGGCUGGUGCAUUACCUGGCCCACAGCAGCAAUACCUGGAGGGCAAAGGCGCAGGUACCGCCUCAGAAACCAGCUCGAUAAGCGGAGUGGAGGGUAAGAAGCCUGCGAUGAAGUAUUGA